GCGCAUGAGCAGUUUAUGCUCAUGUUGGAGGUUUCAACUCUGUUAUUCUUUGUGUUUAUUUAUAGGAAAUUAUUAAAUAAUUUCCAUCAAUACUAACAUAUUUUCAUUAGAAAGAGAGAGCUCAACUUCCAAAUCAUCCCUUCUACCUCAAGACAUGAAAAAACAUCUAAUUUUAGGUUAUGCUACUAUUGGUUAUUGAUCCUUGUGAGCUGCAACUGCAAUCACUGCAAUGGAAGAACAAGCAAAUCGAACGGUAAAAUAGUGGAAGAUUUUGAUCUUUGAUGUGAAAAACCUACUAAAAAUUAUUUAUAAGGUUAAAUUUAGUAGGAGUUUGUGUGAUGAUUUUUUUCUAAUGCAGAAAAUCAAUUUAUCAAUCUUUGAACUAUUUUUCAAUUGUAAUUAGCAAUGUUUCAUAAGUGGUAUUUUUGGUUUGUAUGAUAUUGUUUGUGAAUAAAUUAUUGAAUUAUAAAUUGUGAAAAUGUCUGACAAGGCAGCUAUGAAGCAAAUUGCCGAGCAGAAGCUCAGGGCAUUCUCCAUUGGAUCAAUGGGGAAGAGACAGCUAUCGAAAAGAGAACUGGAGGAGCAAAGAAAAAAGGAACAAGAGGAAGCAGCUGCUCAGGCAUAUGAAGAGUUUGUGACGACAUUUCAAGAAACGCCGUCUAAAAGUGGAAAAGUUUGGGUGAAGGCUGGUACCUAUGAUGCCGGUCGAAGACAGGAAGAUACGAAAGAAAAAGGCAAACUUUAUAAACCACAGAGUAGGAUAGAUUCCAGUGACAAAUCUUCUACUGAAAAGGCACAAGAGUAUGCGCAAAUGAUGAGUAUGAGUGAAAAACGAUCAGAUAGGAACAGUAGUCGUAGUAAAAAAGAAAAAGAAAAGAAGAAAAGUAACUUGGAGCUGUUCAAAGAAGAAUUGAAAAUAAUUCAAAAAGAGCGAGAAGAAAGACACAAAUACAAAGGCGCAGUUAAGGGUUCCCCAGAUGAUGGGCAGAUUGUGAAAGCUGGCAGUGCAAUAGAGGAUAAAAUUGGUUCUUUUGAUUGUGGUGAUCCAACUACAACCAACCUUUAUCUUGGUAAUCUUAACCCGAAGAUAACGGAGCAGCAACUGAUGGAGGUGUUUGGCAAGUACGGGCCCCUGGCCAGCAUCAAGAUCAUGUGGCCGCGGUCCGAUGAGGAAAAGGCACGGGGAAGAAAUUGCGGAUUUGUCGCCUUCAUGAACAGAAAAGAUGGCGAAAGAGCCUUGAAGUUUCUUAAUGGCAAAGAUGUGAUGCAGUAUGAGAUGAAGUUGGGCUGGGGAAAAGGAGUUCCGAUUCCAAGUCAUCCGAUCUACAUUCCGCCAUCGAUGAUGGAGCUCACAACCCCCCCUCCAGCCACGGGGCUGCCCUUCAAUGCCCAACCAGCGCUCAGGGACAAACACAGAAUACCAAAAAUGAAGCCAGGUGAACCGUAUCCAGAGAAUCCAGAUGAUAUGGAGCGAAUGGAAAAGAUUUUAAACCAAGCGAUCGUGAAAGUGGUUAUCCCCAACGACAGGCACUUGCUCAACCUGAUACAUCACACAAUAGAGUUUGUCAUCAGAGAAGGGCCUAUGUUUGAAGCCAUGAUUAUGAACAGAGAAAUCCAGAAUCCCAUGUUCAGGUUCCUAUUUGAAAAUCAGAGCGCACCACACAUUUACUAUAGGUGGAAGCUUUUUUCAAUGCUUCAGGGUGAUAUACAAUACAAAUGGCGGACAGAGGAUUUUCGAAUGUUCAAAGGUGGUUCGAUAUGGCGACCGCCUCCGAUGAACCCGUACACACAGGGCAUGCCCGAAGACCUGGUGGAGUCGGAGGUGGAGACGAGGAAGGGCAGCUUGUCGCCGGCGCAACGCGACCGCCUCGAAGACCUCAUCCGCAACAUCACGCCCGAACGACUCAAGGUCGCCGAAGUCAUGGUCUUCUGUAUUGAGCACAGUGACGCCGCUGAAGAAAUUUGUGACUGUAUUCUCGAGUCGCUGUCCAAUCCUUCCACUGCCAUCUACAAGAAGAUAGCGAGAUUAUACCUCAUCUCUGACAUUUUACAUAACUGUGGUGUGAAAAUAUCUAAUGCAUCAUAUUACAGACGAGGAUUUGAAUCACGAUUGUUACAAAUAUUUCAUGAAAUUCAUUUGACGUACGCGGGCCUGGAGAGUCGAAUGAAGGCGGAAGGCUUCAGGGUGCGAGUAAUGCAGGUGUUCAGAGCCUGGGAGGAUUGGGCUGUGUACCCCAAAGACCUUCUCAUUCGACUACAGAACGCAUUUUUAGGACUCACUUCUUCGUGUGUGUGUGUGUGUGCAGUGGACGACGACAUAGACGGCACGCCGAUGGAGGGUGGUGGCGGCGGUGGUGACAGUAAGCCGGGGGGCGGCAGCGGCGAGGAUCGGCCGGGUGGCUUUGUGCUGUCUCGCUGGGAGACGGUCGACCCUGAGUUGAUCGAGGCGCAGGCCAUGACCACCAGCAAGUGGGAGAUGCUUGAACAGCAGCAGCAGCAGCAACUCAGCCCCAGUGAGCAGGACGCUGACGAUGCCAACAGCAUCGAUGUCAGGGAUGAUACGAGAAGAGCUAAACUGCGUGAAAUUGAAGUGAAGGUGAUGCAGUAUCAAGAUGAACUGGAAUCUGGAAAGAGAAACGUCAAAUCGGGAUGGUCAAUACCUCAGCAGGUGCAGCAUUACAGGCGAAAACUUGUCAGAAAGUCGGAGAGAGGUGAGAAAAACUCAGAGAAGAAAGAAAAGGAAAGAAGAGCUAGAAGUUCGUCUCCAGAGGAAAGUAGAGAGAGUAGGAAAUCAUCCAAACGAUCCCGAAGUGAUUCCAGUAGUCCUCCAUCCAAACGAUCGUCUUACCGGUCACGAAGUAGAAGUCCACAGCCUCGGAAAUCACAGCGCUCUCACUCGCCGCACGGUCGCAAGUCGCCGCUGAGUCGGUCGCGCCGGUCACCGCCGUCAGUGCGAAGCAGCAAACGCGGCUCGCCGCCCGUGUCACCGGUCUCCUCCAAUCGCAGCAAGCACCGGUCGCGAUCCGACUCGCGGUCGCCGCGACCCAAGUACUCGCGGAUGCUCUCUCCUCCCACCAAGCACAUGGACACUCCGCCCCGCAAGCACAAACACAAGCACAAGUAUUAGGCUGCCUCCCAUUCAGUCUACUACUUUGGAUGCUCCGGUCACGGGAAUAGGGCUGGCCGGCGGCUGGCUGCCUUAUGG